AUGAACGCCAAUGCGGAUGUGCAUCUCAGUCGUCAGAUCUACCAUUGGCCCGCAAAGUCCCCGAUCGGGGAUUUCCCCAGUGCGCUGCACUCGGCCGGAUCGAUCUCAACUCCCAGCGACAGAUUGCCGGCCAAUCAGGUGGAUGGGAGUUCUGACUUUGCAGGCGGACUUGGAUCCAAGCGGGGCGUUCCGUCGGAUGCGACAAAGCCCGAACCAACGCCGGCGCCCGGGAACACUCACCACCACUUCCAUCGCUAUACAUUUACUGGGACAGUGCAUCGCUUGCAUGGAGUUGGGGUCAACAUCCGCGAGAUUGCGAUGACGCUCAUUGGUCAGUCCGUCCAAGGUUGGAAGCCAUAA